AUGGGAAACCACAGCACAUUCAGUGAGUUCAUCCUUCUCGGGCUGUCUCCUGACACUCAGGCCCAAAUUCUGCUCUUCAUGUUGUUUCUGGUGAUUUACCUUCUGACCUUGAUGGGUAACCUGGUAAUGCUGCUGGUGAUCAGGAUGGACUCUCACCUUCACACACCCAUGUACUUCUUUUUGGGACAAUUGUCCUUCCUGGACCUCUGCCACUCAUCUGUCACGGUCCCUAAGAUGCUGGAGAACCUACUUUCUAAAAGCAAAACGAUCUUUGUAGAGAGCUGCUUGGCUCAGGCCUUCUUUGUGUUUGCCACUGGGGGCACCGAGGCGUGUCUGCUGGCCGUGAUGGCCUAUGACCGCUACAUUGCCAUCAGCUCCCCACUCCUCUAUGGCCAGAUCAUGAGCACCCAGCUCUGUGCUCGCCUGGUGUGGGCUUCCUGGAGCCUGGGCUUUGCUGAUGCUCUCAUCAACAGCCUCCUGGCUGUCAACUUGGACUACUGUAAAGGCCAUACCAUCCCCCAUUUCAGUUGCGAGCUGUCCUCUCUCUUUCCUCUGUCUUGCUCUGAUACUUCCAUGAACUUUACACUCCUUCUCUGCUCCUCUGUCUUGCAUUUCUUUGGGACCUUUGUGUUGAUCGUCUUCUCUUACAUUCGCAUUGUCUCCACCAUCCUGAACAUCAGCUCUACCUCAGGCAGGAGCAAGGCUUUCUCUACUUGCUCCUCCCAUCUCACUACGGUCAUCUUGUUCUAUGGCUCUGGUUUUCUCAGCUAUCUCAUGCCACACCUGGGUUCCGCCAUAGAGAUGCUCUUUCCUUUACAAUAUACUGUGAUCACUCCCAUGCUGAACCCCCUCAUCUACAGCCUACAGAACAAGGAGGUAAAGGGAGCUGUGAGAAGACUCUUAAGAAGAUAUGUCACCUCUUUCGCAUAG